GGCGUGCGCCUGAGCAGCAGCAGCAGCAGCAGCAGCAGCACCUCACGUGUGGCCGCCGCGCCGAGGCUGCCAGGUCCCUGCGGGCCAGUGCCGCUUCGCGCCGGCCCGGGACACCCAGCGGGACUCGCCAGCUCAAGGCGCCUCACGCUGAUAUGACUGUGGCACGGAGGCGCGGAGUGGUCGCCGCGCCCUCCCCCAGCACCCACUAGACCCGCGCCCCUGCACCCGCCGCCACAGAACGCCCCUCCGCCGCCGCCGCCGCCAUGAACCACUCGCUGGACACCGAGUAUGACUUCAACGACACCUUCCCCCUCAAUUGCUCGUACCUGCACGAGUCAGGCCUGGGCCCGCCUGACCAGAACUGCUCCCUGGGCAUCUUCAAGGGCGGUAUGUCCCCCAUCCACAUGGUGGCCAAUGUCAUCAUGCAGGCGUGCUAUGCCGUGGCCUGUCUGGUGGGACUGUGCGGCAACACGCUGGUCAUCUACGUGGUCACCAGGUUUUCCAAGAUGCAGACGGUCACUAACCUGUACAUCCUGAACCUCGCCAUCGCGGACGAGCUCUUCGUGAUUGGGGUUCCCUUUCUGAUGACCACCUCGGUGCUGGGCCACUGGCCCUUUGGGUCCAUCAUGUGCAAGCUGUACAUGAUCACCACCUCGCUCAACCAGUUCACCAGCUCGCUGUUCCUCACCAUCAUGAGCGCCGAUCGCUACAUCGCCGUGUGUCACCCCAUCAGCUCGCCAAAGUUCCGCACGCCCAUGAUCUCCAAGCUGGUGUCGCUCACCGCCUGGACGCUCUCCGCCCUCAUGAUCGUGCCGGUCUUCAUGUACUCCAACACGCUGGAGGUGAACAACCUCACCAACUGUAACAUCGUGUGGCCUGACGGGUUCGGGGUGAACGGACAGGUGGUGUUCACGCUGUACUCGCUGGUGCUGGCCUUCACCGUGCCCGUGGUGCUCAUCUUCAUCUUCUACAGCCUGGUGCUGCACAAGCUCAAGACGGUCGGGCCCAAGUCCAAAUCCAAGGAGAAGAAGAAGAGCCACCGCAAGGUGACCAAGAUGGUGCUGACGGUGAUCACGGUGUACGUGCUGUGCUGGCUGCCCUACUGGGUGCUGCAGCUCACGCUCAUCCUCACGCCCCCCGGGGAGGGCCAGAGUCCCUUCAUGGUUGUGCUGUUCCUCAUCUCCUCCUGCCUCUCCUACAUCAACUCCGCCAUCAACCCCAUCCUGUACGCCUUCCUCAGCGACAACUUCAAGAAGAGCUUCCUGAAGGCGUGUACUUGCGCCGCCCGCAGGGACGUCAACAGCAUCCUGGCAGCCGAGAACUCCAUGUUCACGCGGCGGCGUGGCGGCUCCUCGCGAGCCCGCAGUGUGAAAAGCCGCGACACGGAACAGCGGGACGCCCAUGGCCCGGUGAUUAGGGAGGAGCCCACCACGGCCAUCACCAUGACCACGCGGUACGCCCACAGCCACGCCGCCAAGGAGAACGGCAACCAGGAGAUGCCCACCUCCCAGCUCUGA